AUGGCGCCCCAUGCCGUGGGAGACGAUGAGGUGGUCGGCAUCCGGCCGUUUGCGGUGGUGGGCGACGUGCCCAUGAAGGAGGCCGCCGUCCGGGUGGAGGUACAGCAUGUCGAGACUGUGCCCAUGGAAGUCGAGCAGAAGGAGGAGGAGGAGGAGGAGGAGCACAAGAAGCCGAGCAGGAACUGGAUCAUGGGCGAGGAGGCCUUUGAGCGGCGCAUGCCGCACCACGACGGCAUCAGGGCGCUCUGGGAGACAAAGUGGAAGUUCCCCUGCACAAUGAGCGUAUACCCCUUCCACGACGGGAAAUUCGAAGACUUUGAACCCGUCUUCCAGCACCUCAUCGAGAACAACGUCAACGACGGCACAUCCCCAGCCUAUACGAAGGCCUUCCUCCCCGCCGCAGAAGCCCUGGCCCUCCGCGCAGACUCCCUCCUCGCCGCCGCCGCGGCCCACGGCCGAGGCGCCGACGCCGACGCCGACAGCAAGGCCCAGGCCAGCGCGCUGUACCUCCGCGCCUGCUCGCUCUACCGCAUCGCCCGCUUCCCCUACAUCACGUCGAGCCCCGCCGUCAACGACCCCGUCAAGUGGCACGCCUGGCAGCUGCAGAAGGCCGCCUACGCCAAGGCCGGGAAGCUCUGGGACGAGCCCCUGCAGGAGGUGCACGUGCCGCACCGCCCGCACCGUCACCGCCGGGCGAAUGACGGCGGUGCCGCCGCCGCCGCCUCCUCUUCCUCGAUCCCCGUGUAUGUGCGCGUGCCGCGCGCCGCCGAGGACGGCGCGCACCCGUGCCCGCUCGUGAUCCUCAUGACGGGGCUCGACGGCUACCGGCCCGACAACACGGCGCGGUGCGACGAGUUCCUGGCCCGCGGGUGGGCCUGCUGCGUCGCCGAGGUGCCCGGCACGGCGGACUGCCCGGCGGACCCGGCGGACCCGGCGGCGGCGGAGCGCCUGUGGGACGACCUGCUCGCGUGGGCGGGCGCCGUCGGCGUGUUCGACAUGGCCAGGGUCAUGGUCUGGGGCCUGAGCUCGGGCGGGUACUACGCCGUGCGGAUCGCGCACACGCACGCCUCCCGCCUGGCGGGCGUGGUGGCGCAGGGCGCCGGGGCGCACCUCUUCUUCGACCCCGGGUGGCUUGCGAGGGCGGACGGGCACGAGUAUCCCUUCUUAUUGACGCCUGCGCUGGCGAUGAAGCACGGGUACGGCUCGGUCGAGGAGUACGUGGCCGGCGCGCAAAAGAAGUUUUCGCUGCUGGAGAACGGGAUCUUGGAUAUGCCUUCGACGAGGCUUUUGCUUGUGAAUGGAACGAUGGAUGGCCUCAUGCCGAUUGAGGACUCGAUGCUGUUGUUUGAGCAUGGCUCGCCCAAGGAGGCAAGAUUCUUCUCCGGUGCGCUGCACAUGGGCUACCCCAAGGCCAACGGCUCCGUGUACCCGUGGAUGGAGAGCGUCAUGGCUUCGGUUGUCUGA